CAGGUGAUUCCCGCGCUAGCAGGCGAUGCCACCGACCAGACGCCGCCCGACCUUCCCUCCUACCUGUUCAAGGAGCGCAUCGUCUAUGUGGGCAUGUCCCUGGUCCCGGCUGUCACGGAGUUGGUACUGGCGGAGAUGCUGUAUCUGCAGUACGACAACCCCACACGACCCAUCUACAUGUACAUCAACAGCACAGGAGUCAUCAAGGGCAGCGGCAAGCUUGGGUACGAGUCUGAGGCGUUUGCCAUCUACGACACCAUGCGCUACAUCAAGCCCCCCGUGGCCACCGUGUGCGUGGGCUCCGCGUUUGGCGAGGCGGCGAUGCUGCUGGCAGCGGGCGAGGCGGGGCGGCGCGCGGCGCUGCCCUCCACGUCCAUCAUGAUCCGCCAGCCCAUGCAGCGCUACACGCAGAUGCAGGCCAGCGACAUAGACAUCUACCGCAAUGAGCUGCGCAAGACCAACGCGGAAGUGGUGCGCCUGCUGUCCAAGCACACGGGGCACGGCGAGGAGCAGGUGGCGCGCGACAUCUCCCGCCCCAAGUACUUCAACCCUUACGAGGCCAUUGAGUAUGGCAUCAUCGACCGGGUGCUGGAGCCGGAG